CCAAAGUACAACAGCUCAAUGUAACUAAGAUCGUUGCAUCCAACCCUCUACCGUCUAGCUUCUCGCUCUUUCGAGUCUGCCUGUCGCACUCCACCGUCCACCAUACGGCUAAAAUGAAAUUCUCUUGGUUCGCCUCAUCGACUGAGGACACAGAACCCACCGAAAGCCCCGUUCUCGUAGACGUCAAAGGCCUCUCCCCCGACGACUACAUUACUACAUUGCCAAAAUUCAUGGCUUUUGCAGCGCGGCUGGGCCUCGGGGGACCGGAAGCGCUGCACACGUACAACUUGGACAGCAAUCUUUAUCAAAAGAUCAACGAGGGAGCGCAGUUCCACGUUUACCGACGUACAGAGUGGCACGAGAGCGGCGGGCAGGUAUUAUUUGGAGGUUACACUAGGAAUUUGCAUAAGGUGUAUAAACGAAUCAGCCGGGCUUUGUAUAGGACGGAGAGUAAGGACAGUCUCAGGGAUUUAAGACUCGAGAUUCAAGUCCUGGCCCAAGAUGUAGUCCGUGCACAUCCCAAUAUCGCGGACUUGGUUGGCUGGGGGUACGACUACCCACGUCAGAUGUGUGAGGAACGCAGAACCGCCUCUGAUCGAUACCCCUUUAACCAAUCUAUCCCCGUCUUAAUCAUCGGAGAAGCAUACUGCUCUCUCGACAUCUUCUUCACAACCCCCGUUUUCAAGCAGUCGGAGGUCUCGUCCUGGGCCACACGCUGCCACCUCGCGCUCGGCAUAGCCGCAGGGCUCGAAUGUCUCCGUGAAAUCGGGGUGCUGCACAACGACCUCAAGCCUGAAAAUAUCCUAGUGUGCCGUCAGGACGAUCCCGAGAUGCCGUUCGUGAGCAAGCUCAAUGACUUCGGGCUGUCAGCUACGAGCGUCGAUGGAUUCCGUAGCUAUGGCCGCACUAUAGGUUGGAAGCCGCCGGAGUCGUCGGAUUAUGAUGAGCAGAAGCAUGGGACGUGCUCUCGCGAAGCUUUGUUUAAGAGUGAGAGCUAUGUAUAUGGCCUGGUGGUACUGUAUAUCAUAUGCGAGGGGCAAGAGCCGCUGCAAGAGUAUCAGGCCAGUAACUCCAGACCCUAUCCUCAAUGGCGACGAGACCGGUGGGCGAGAGAAAAAGAGACAGUGGAUUUGAUCAAGCGCCAAACCAAGUUUUCCGAUACGGAUAUGGAGCAGGCCAGAAGCUGCUAUCACACGGUAGAGAAUAAUUUUCUGCUAGACAUGCCUCUGGACCGGAAGAACGUAUCACCCAGACUCCUUUUAGGCGACAGUCUUCAUUACCAACACUGGUUCUCAUAUUACGAAAGACACAGAUUGGCCAUUGCUGGAAAUCUUCCAUUUGUUACCUGGGACAAUUUUUAUACGGGAUUGUCUUUCUACAGAAGCCUUAACCCUCGUAUCCUCGAAGACCUUAAAGCAUACUCUCCAAGUGAUUUCUCAGGAGAUCUACUGUUCAGUAUGGCGAUGGGAAGUUUGGCCACGCGGAUGCUCAAAGAUCAUGCCUACAUUCGGGAUCUGAUCACUAUGUCCGUGAGAACUAGUUCUCCGUCGUUGAUAGGCAUGGGCGUCGCUUCCAAUGUCAGCGCAGCUAUUCCAGGGCAGGAGGAUCCAUGGAAACCCGGUGAGAUGAAAGAAUAUCUACGCAAGGCUGUGGCUUCUGGCUCGCGAGUUGUAGUGCGCGAACUGCAAUCCAUGAGUUCUGAGCUGGUACAGGAAGCGCAGUCGGAGUUCAGAUCGACGGGAGGCUACAACCACGAAAGCUGGUUUGUGCAGGAGUAUGCGGAUAUGAGCGUAGACAUUGAGCUGCAGUUGCUUGCAGCGCAGAAGGACUGGCAUACCCAGGAUAUCCCGCCUCUGAUGGAUGAGAUGAGGAAGCGUAGAAACGGACUGUUGCAUAUUGCUUCCAUGUUGGGUAGCGCAAAUCUCAUACGCAUCCUUGUUGGAAGUGGCCAUGAUAUUAACGCUCUCAACUUCGCGGGAGAGACCCCUCUAUACAAAGCCUGUUCGGCAGGUCAAUUCGAUUCAGCCGUGACGCUCAUGGAUCUAGGCGCGGAUGCUACCAUUCUAGCAGGGCCUUUGAAAGUUUCGUGUUUGCACUGGGUAUUCGCAUUCUCUGACCAUCAAAUCGAGCCGAUAACUCGUCGUCUGCUCGCCAAGGGCUUGAUCAUCGACGCAAGAGUACUGCCAACACGAGAAACGAACGAGCACGAUUGGGUACAGAGCCGCCAUUUUCCGUUUCACUGGCCUAUCGGAACUCCAUUGCAUUGGGCAGCUCAUGCCGAAUCGUCUAUCGCAGUUGAUGCUCUUCUGCGCUGCGGAGCCCAAGUAGAUGAGUUGGAUAUGGUGAAUGAUGAACGCGCACAAACGGCUCUCGCAAUGGCUGUUUUCAGAGGCAGCGUCGACAUGGCCUUGCAUCUAGUGCAGAGAGGAGCAAGUGCAGCACGCAUAGACGGACGAGGCAGUUCGAUGCUGCAUCUUCUUGUGGUCAACCAGACCCUAUACAAUACCUUGAUACCCGUGCCAAAAGUCAUGUUUCAAUGGUGCUUGCAGGGGAGUUACGAAAACGUGCUUAGGGACACAAGGAAAUUAGUCAAAAUGAUUACAGAUGCUGGCAUCAACAUCAACUUCAACCGAAGAGUGUACAAGACUGAUGAAUGGUGUACUCCACUCCAAGAUGCGAUCAACAACAAGGAUGCAGUCGGGGUACUUGUUUUACUCGAAGCCGGGGCCGAUCCCAACGUCAUAGAGAAGUAUUCUGGUCAACUUCCACUGCACGCGUGGGCCUCCACCAACAUACGCUACUUAGCUUACCCUGCAGCUUACCUUGCCGCUCUCGAACUCCUCGUCACGGGAACUCGGGAUUGGAAGGCAAGAGACCUCGAUGGAGAAACUUGCAUUCAGUCAGCCUUACCCGGUGUGGAUGCCCCAAACGAAGCCGAUUUCCAAGUGUGGAAACGCAAGCUGAAACUACUACUGCGUCACGCUGAAAAGCCUUGUAUCGACGACCGCGAUAAGCGGGGCAAGACGCUCUUGCUACAUGCCGUGUGCUACAGAAACAUCCCGUGCUGGAGCCCUCUAGGUGCUGUCGAGUAUCUCAGAAGUCUGGGAGCAGAUAUAACCGCCACAGACGAGAAUGGAAGUAACUUCCUUUGGCACAUCAGUCGUAGAAACGACCUGAGAGAAGAAGUAAUCAUCACCGCGACGGAUCUGUGGCUCGAUCUGUUCCCCGACGUUGAUAAUGCUACUCUGCUCAACGAGUCGAGGAACAAGAAAACGGGAGAAACCUAUCUGGUGCACAUCUCAGAAAACGGUCUCGCCAAAUGCGUACGGUCGGCUCUCAAGCACGGGGCGAAUACCAAUCUCACAAACUCACAAGGCCUCACUGCAUUGGACAAUGCUGUCGUUGCUGGUAACCGCAGCCGACUCAACGCCAUGACGCAAUUUCACAAACACUUUGACAAGAUGCCUUCCGCAUCAGAAGAAUACCACGAAGACAUUUUCCAGGACCAGAUUUACGAUGGGGGGAGCGGGGAAGGUUAUCUCGACCGUGAUGCGUCUCGCAGUGAUAAUCAGAAACGGUAUUUCGCGCUGCCUGAGAUUCGGGACUUAUUAAUUAGUGCGGGCGGGAAGACGGGAAAGCAGCUGGGGACUGCAAAGUAUGCACCUGAUGUCAAGACAUCGGAGGAGGAUUCGUUGGAGGCGAUUGGAGUUUGGGAUGGGUUUCGGAGGAAUGAUCAGCCUUACUUUGAAAUUUGGAGGGCUUCAUACGAUUUGGACGAUGAUUGA